CAUGGACGCCCGCUUCACCCGGGGCAAGUCCCCCCUGCUGGAGCGCGCCCUGGGCCGCCCCCGCUGCGAGGUCAGCCUCAGCGCCUUCGCCCUCCUCUUCUCCGAGCUGGUCCAGUACUGCCAGAACCGCGUCUACUCGGUGGCCGAGCUGCAGGCCAAGCUGGCCCGCCUGGGCCACCAAGUGGGCCUCCGCGUCCUCGACGCUUUGGUGGCCCGGGAGAAGAGCGGCCGGCGUGAAACCAAAGUCCUCAACGUCCUCCUCUUCGUCAAGGGGCCGCUCUGGCGCGCCCUCUUCGGCAAGGAGGCCGACAAGUUGGAACAGGCCAACGAUGACGACAAGACCUAUUACGUCAUCGAGAAGGAGCCCUUGGUCAACACCUACAUCUCGGUCCCCAAGGAGAACAGCACCCUCAACUGCGCCGCCUUCACCGCCGGCCUGGUGGAAGCCGUCCUCACCGCCAGCGGGUUCCCCGCCAAGGUCACCGCCCAUUGGCACAAGGGCACCACCCUCAUGAUCAAGUUCGAGGAAGGAGUCAUCGCCCGGGACAAGAGCUUGGAGGGGCGCUGAGGGGGGGGAGGGGGCACUGGUGGCCCCUGGGGACAUUGGAGGGGGGUUGGGUUGGGUUCCUCACCACCAUCCUGUGUCCUUGAUGGCCCCUGGGGGC